AUAUUCAAGUAGCUAUUUUACAACCAAGUCUCUUGUCUGUGUGAACUUGUUGCUGCCAAAUGACUUUUGACCAGUUAUCAAAUCCAAGGCUUGAAUUACUUUUAACAAUCGUGUCCUGACACACCAGAGAAACCAGGAAGCAUCUGUUCCUCCCUGAAGAGACGCAGGCUGAAAACCAGACGAUCACAUUCACCUUCCAAACCAAACUGAACCAAACCAGACCAGACGUCCUGAGUGAGUCCAGCUACAGGAGAGAAGAGUCAAACUACAACCUGCCGACGCUCCACACACUGACCCUUCACCUGGAGACUCAAUGGCUUCCAGAUUAGAAGAGGAUCUCUGCUGUCCCGUCUGCCAUGAUGUCUUCAGAGAUCCUGUCAUUCUGUCAUGUAGCCACAGCUUCUGUAAAGACUGUGUGAAGAGCUGGUGGAAAGACAAAGAAGUAAAAGAGUGUCCACUUUGUAAGAGAAGAUCUUCAAAGUCUGAACCACCUAACCUGGUGUUAAAGAACCUGUGUGAGACCUUCUUACAGGAGAGAGAUCAGAGCUCUUCACCUGCUCUCUGCAGUCUGCACUCAGAGAAACUCAGACUCUUCUGUCUGGACCAUCAGCAGCCAGUGUGUGUCAUCUGCAGAGAUUCAGAGAAACACACCGACCACAGAUUCAGACCCAUCGAUGAAGCUGCACAACAACACAAGAAGCAGCUUCAGGAAACUCUGGAGCCCUUGAAGAAGAAGUUACAGCGUUUUGAACGUGUUAAAGUAAAGUUUGAACAAACAGCAGAACACAUUAAGGUCCAAGCUGGACUCACAGAGACGCAGAUCAAGGAGCAGUUUAAAAAGCUUCAUCAGUUUCUGGAGGAGGAAGAGGAGGCCAGGAUGGCUGCACUGAGGGAGGAAGAGGAGCAGAAGAGUCGGAUGAUGAAGGAGAAGAUUGAGUCUCUGAGCAGAGACAUAACGUCUCUUUCAGACACAAUCAGAACCACAGAGGACGAGCUGAGAGCUGAAGAGGUCUCGUUCCUGCUCAACUACAAGGCUGCAGUGGAACGAGUCCAGCAGCGCCCCCUGCUGGAUGAUCCACAGCUGGCCUCAGGAGCUCUGAUAGACGAGGCCAAACAUCUGGGCAACCUGAGCUUCAACAUUUGGAACAAGAUGAAGGACGUGGUCUCCUACAGUCCUGUGGUUCUGGACCCAAACUCUGCUCAUCCAGAGCUCGUCCUGUCUGAAGAUCUGACCAGUUUGAGACGAGGAGAGGAACAGAAGCUUCCUGACAAUCCAGAGAGGUUAGAUGAAUACGCCUCAGUCCUGGGAUCUAAGGGUUUUAACUCAGGGACUCACAGCUGGGACGUCCUGGUUGGAGACAGUACACACUGGUUCCUGGGUGUGUCAGCAGAGUCUGUCCAGAGGAAGGGAAAAGAUCUGUCUGGAUUGUGGGGAAUAGGGUUCUGUGAAGGUAAAUACUAUGCAGGGUCACCAUCAGCAUCAUCUGUUCUCUUUUUGCAGAAGAUCCAGAGGAUCAGAUUGAAACUAGAAUGGAACAGAGGAGAACUGUCAUUCUCUGAUCCUGAUACUAACAAACACAUUCACACCUUCACACACACUUUCACUCAGAAGAUGUUUCCAUACUUUAACAUUGGAGGUCACUUGAAGCUGUUACCUGUGAAAGUCUCUGUGAUGCUGGUUUAG